GCGCGAUGGCACGCUCGCUUGUCAAACAUAAUUGUUUUAACGCGAUCACCUUUCGGUCCACGUGAUAAUAUUACGAAUAAAACUUUCAAAUUAACUGUAAUAAUGUACAGUAAUCGCGUGCUUGUGUAUGAACUGUAGUGAUGGACUGUUGUAAUGCGGCGAAAACGUAGUAAUUUUGCUGUUUUGGCCGACAAAAUAGUUUAAUGGCACACAACUGUACAAUAAAGGUGGUCGUAACACGGCGGUAUGGCUAAAAGAGUCCUGAAUAAUUCAACAGAAUAUUUAGCCGGUCCCAAAACUGGGCCUUGUGUGACACCACAUGACUGCAGACACAAUGCCAAAAAGAUUAUGCCCCCGUAAUGGACUAGUGCGGGACAUUGAUGUGAAAUCGAUUCGAACAAUGAAUCCGAUGCCGGUUUAAUCGAAUGAAUAGACGGAAAAAAUCCAUUUGGAUUUAACAUUGUCAAACGCGGAAACGAAUGAAGAAAUUCAUUAGUCAGGUAAUUAUUUCGGGUCGUGUAUUGUGAAAUGGAACGGGUAUUUCUAUUUAGUUCGUGUUAGGGACAGUGGACUGAAUGGAAUAGAAAAUGAUGCCAAAUUAGAAAGUAAUGAAGACGUUCGGGGUAGUGCGAGCAUUGGAGACCAUGUGCAUUGGUGGUGUGGUGAUGAAGGGAGUGCUGGUGCGACUGGUGGUGGCGAUGAUGUCGGCGGCCCUUGUGAUGGGCACUGGCGAGUGGAGUGAAGAUGCCGAAGAUUUAGUGUCAACAGUCGACGUGGACGCAGUUCUUGGGCGCACGGCAUCGCUGCCUUGUGACGUCACGCCCGACGCGACCGAGGACCGGGUCUACAUGGUGCUAUGGUUCAGGAAGAGUGGGGGCAAACCUAUCUACAGUUUCGACGUCCGAGGCAGGUCAUUCAACAAGGCGCUCCAAUGGUCAGACCCCGGCGCCUUUGGGCCUCGGGCGUACUUCGCAACGGUAGCAAGGCCUGCUGCCCUCACGCUCAGCUCCGUACAACUAGACGACGAGGGGGUCUACCGAUGCCGCGUCGACUUCAAGAACUCGCCUACAAGGAACUUCCAGAUUCGACUGACUGUUAUAGUGCCACCACAUCAAAUGCUGCUGUAUGACAAAUCUGGGGCCGACGUCUCUGGUGUGGUCGGGCCCUUAGAAGAAGGAGCUGCGUUGGUGCUUGUUUGUGAAGUAAGAGGAGGUCGUCCAGAACCUGUGGUGACGUGGCUCAUCAACGGCACACCAGCUCCUCAGUACAUCGGGGUCAAAACUGACACCCAUGUGGUGGUGAACCGGCUGGAGCUUCAGCAGUUGAAGAGAGAAGACCUGAACACCACGUUCAAGUGUCGCGCUGCUAAUACAGUGCUAGUGCCCCCGCAGGAGAAGAUAGUGAGGCUGGAGAUGAACUUGGCCCCGCUCUCGGUGUCGCUGUUGGGGCGGCCUCAGCAGUUGAUCGCUGGUGCUGUGGCGUCGCUGCGCUGUGUCGCUGAGGGCAGCAGACCGCCAGCACAGGUCACCUGGUUCAAGGAUAACAGGAGUUUUGAAAAAGAUAAGGUGACAGACCAUUCAAACGAGACGUGGUCAGUCAGCACCCUUGUAUUCACCCCCAUGCCGACUGACAAUGGAGCUACGAUAAAGUGCGUCGCUUCCAACCCCUCGCUGCCGACCAAGGCCAUCGAUGACCAGCUGCAGCUCAAUGUUGUGUAUACCCCGCUAGUGACGCUGAGCCUUGGAAGCACGCUUAAGCCCCACGACAUCAAGGAAGGUGAUGAUGUGUACUUCGAGUGCAAUGUACGAGCCAACCCCCGGGAACAUCGUAUAUCGUGGUACCAUAACGACAGGCCGGUGACGCAGAACAUGACGUCAGGCAUCAUCCUCAGCACCCGUUCGCUGGUGCUGCAGAGGGUGACCAGAAGAGAAGCUGGUGGCUACUCCUGCAGGGCUGCCAACGCUAGGGGGGAGACUUCGAGUGACAUUGUCAGGCUGAGAGUGCAAUACGCUCCAGUGUGCGGCGAGUCGUCACCCCAAGUCGUGGGCGCAGCACUAGACGAAGCGCUGCGUGUGCGCUGCUCAGUACACGCUGACCCUGCUGACGUCACGUUUCUAUGGCAGUUCAACAACAGUGGAGAGAGCUUCAACGUGUCCCCCGCGCGGUAUGCAACAGUGAAUGGGAGUAUCAGCGAGCUCCGCUACACUCCAGCCAGUGAGAGGGACUACGGAGCGCUGACGUGUAGAGGGACCAACUCCGUGGGGAGGCAGGAGCAGCCUUGUGUCUUCCAAAUUGUACCCGCAGCUCGUCCAUCGCCACCACGGAACUGCUCAGUCACUGCAGGGAACACCACCAACUGGAUCGAGGAAAACCAUGAGGAUUCUGAUGUGCUGGUAGUCCGCUGCGUAGCAGGUUACGAUGGCGGUUUACCACAGCUGGUGGUGUUAGAAGCGCUGGAUUCGGACACUGGAGUUGUUAGGUUCAACGUCACUGCUAAUGAGACUGAUGGCGUGGCCCUAUUCCUAGUGCCCGCUUCAGUGCUGUGGUCGAGCGGGCAUUCCCUCCGCCUCACGGUGCAUUCGCGAAACGACAAAGGCGCUUCCGAACGCAUCAUGGUGCACGCUCUGGCAUACCAGGACGCGGAGAGAAGAACGGAUGGAAGUAUCAGCAUGAUGGCUGGCGUGUCAAAGGCAGCGUUCUGGUCCAUCGUAUUCACAGUCGUAGUUUGUGCUAGCGCAGCUGCAUUCACAGGGUACUUCAUUCGUAAAAAGAGAAGCAGACCACCAACGAAGCAGCAGUCGUCCGAGCUGCAACUGAACGCAGGGGAUAGCCAGUACGUGGUCGCGUACACUUUGAAGCCUCCCAGGCAAGCGCAGCCGGACAUAUUGAAUCCACCACCAGAUGGGGGUCCUCCAGUGAAGGGCGUGGAGGCUGUCAAAAAUGGGCCACUUGCGAGCGACGAGUGGCGCGCCGAUCGCGGCCCAGUGCGUACGCUUGAAGAGCAGCGGAAUUUAUUAUCACCGCCGAGGGCAUCAGCAACCAGCAAGGCGCCCAUCGCCUCCGGCAACAUGACUCUGAGCAGAAGAGAACACCUCAUAGCAGAAGAAAUACCCGGCCCCGAGAGUUGUGUAUAGAAAUGUAGAUAAACUAGCGAAAUUCUUUGUAAUUUUUGUAAAUAACAUUGUAUGUAAUGACUGUGAAUUUGUGAUAAAUACGUUGUACAUAAAUAAAAUGAGGGAGGAAUAAAACAAUUUAAUCGCAGAGUU